UUUAUAAACUUUUGAAGCUUCAUUCAAGCAGCGGCAGCGCAGCGGUCGAGUUGUUGUUUCGCGUUGUGGCGCUUUGACAACACCGCUGCGAAGGUGGAAAGGCGGCGGAAAAUUGGGUGGCGAACCGGACUCCGUGUGUUUUUUAUUAUUGCCUCACAAUGACAACGCAUCGGUCGGCAUUGCGUCGCAAUAAACCCACUUCGAUGGCAUCGGCAGCGGUACUAGUUGGAUAUAUAAAAGCAUAAUUGCUACGAGCCAGCAGCUUAAUACGCAACAGGAAGCUAAAGUGUCAACAAUUCGCCAAACUUACCAAUAAAAUAAUAAGCAUAAAAUCAUAGAAAAUAAAUAAAGAAAUAUAAGACCUCUACUAAAAGUUGACCAAAAAAUAGUAAAAUAUUUUUUAUCAUAAAAACAAAUUACUUUAAACGAAGAAAAUAAUUUAAUUUAAACAUUACAAUUAUUACACAUAAAUGAAUCAAACAAUUUAUACCGCUUAAAAACAAAAGAAACACAAUAAUAACUAAACAAUGCAACAUUUAUAGCAAAAGAAAAUAGUUAACCAAAGCAAACUUUUAACAAAUAACCAUUUAAAAGUACAAACAACCUUUUGCCAAAAAUAUAUGUAUACAAUUAACAUUUAACCGUUUUUGAUAAAUGCUUUUUUAUCAGUGCGUACUUAAUUCUAAUAAGAAAAACCAGAAAGUUUUUAAGAAAAGAUUACCCGAAAUAUAACAUGAUAAAAUGGUUUCCAAAGCAACAUAAAAAUAUACCGGAACAAAAUAAUAUUUUUUGAGGAAAACAAAAUCUUUUUUCAUCAAAAGACAAUUGUUCUUGGUAUCUGCCAUGAAUGCCACCUCGCCAAAGUCAUCGCUGGUCAAGUUGGGUCUGCAUACCAACAAACAAAAGACGCUGAAGGUUAUGGUCCUGGGCCAAAGUGGCGUGGGAAAAACGGCCAUGGUGGUGCGUUUUAUUACCCGACGCUUCAUUGGCGAAUAUGAUCCUAAUCUGGAGAAGAUUUACACCUGCCAAACGACGCUGGACAAGGAGCAAAUUCAGUUUGACAUUCUGGAUGCCACCGGUCGGCUGCAAGAACUAGAUGGCGUCAGUCUGGAGUCCAACAUUCGCUGGGCCGACGCAUUUAUUCUUAUGUACUCCAUCACGGAUAAGUGUUCCUUUGAUGAGUGCAGUCGCUUAAAGUUCCUCAUUAAUUACAACAAACGAAGACGCAAGUUGGGUUCAGCCAGUAAAGACUAUACUUUGGAUAUUCCUGUCAUUUUGGUGGGCAAUAAGACAGAUCAGCCGGGGGAUCGAAUGGUCAGCUUGGAGGAGGGUCAGCGUCGGUUUAGGGAGUUAUCUUGUGCCUGUUUUCAUGAGAUUUCCGUCAGAGAGAGCGUGGAUCAGGUGCAGAACGUCUUUCGCGAUGUGUUUCGCUUCUGGCGAGUCUUCACCAAGUUCCCCAAACUCAAGCGCUCCACGAGCGAUGUGGCCAAUGCGGAUGGAGUGCUUACCCCCGAUUCGGGAUCCUGUUCCUUCUACGACGGCUCAUCCUUGGGCGCCGGUCGUCGCUCCUUUCUGGUCAUCGGAAGCACCUGUUUGGAGGAGAGCAGCGGUGACCAUUCGGAGUCUACGGAUGAGAUUACCAGCAGUAGCUUGAGCAGUUCGCGCAGCGAUAUCGAUGCCCCUUUCCGGAGUCGGGCUUCGACCGAUGGAACCCUGUUGUCCCGACCGCGGAGAUGGCGAUAUCCACCGCCAGGAUGCCUGUUGCCACACACAAAUCGUGUCGAGCGACGGAUGAGCAUUUCCACCAGGGGCAGCAAUGCCAGUUAUUAAAUAAAAUGUGUAUUUAGUCCAGGGAGGGUCGAGCUUAGUUAGUCAAAAUGUAGAGACAAAUAUAUAGCUAGAUGUUAUUGUCAAGGAAA